AUGUACUACUUGAAGCCAACUGUCAAUUUGAUUAUCUAUUCCUUCGCCUUUGGUGGCACUACAUUCUACUCAUAUGUAGCUUCUCCUUUGGCCUUUAAACAUUUGCACAGAGAUAGCUUCUCAGAGCUGCAAAACAAAGUUUUUCCCAUCUUUUUCCAACUACAGGCGUUUUCUCCGGUGCUUUUGGCCCUAACGGCGCCCAUGCCUCUACAGAUGGCUCCUUUGGUUGCACUGGCGUCUGCAUCUUUCAGCGGAUGUCUAAAUCUGUUUUGGUUGCUACCUUGGACUCGUAGAGUCAAGGAGGCCAGACAUCGUCUUGCUGACACCCUUCAGGGCGAAGAGUUGGAAGCCCAGGACCAGCCAUUGAGAAAAGAGUUUGGUAAGAGUCACGGCAUGAGUUUGUUCUUCCACACCACCAAUGUGGCUGCCAUGCUAGCCUACGGGUUCUUUUUGACCAGAGGGCUAAUCAGAUUUGUUCCAAAGUAA